GUUGGCCCGUUGGCUGGUUGGCCGACUGCUGGAGUGGACACAUCACUGUUUAGCUCCUGUCACGCUUUUAUGAUAAAUCUGAAAUCCGGAAUCUGAAAUCGUACAUCGAGACGUUAACAUCAUCGCCGCAUAGUCGCAGUGCCGUCGGUUUGGAUCGGAUUUGGUCGGUUUCAUUAGCGGAAUUCACAGGACUCCACAGUUGCCGUCGCUUUACCACGGGUUAAAAUAAUCAUGGAGCUAAGUGUGUUUUAAAAGUGUGGCUUUAAAAAAUCAAAAUAAAAGUGUUGCCUGCUGCUGAACGUUAAAAAAACCGUGAAAUUUUACAACAACAAACAACAAAAUGAAUAAAGAAGAAAACUCAUCCGAAACGCGCCCUUCAUCUCAAGAGCUCCACAGCCCCCCGCGGCAUUGCUAUACGCCCCCACCGACAUCAGUGAGCGUGGCCACGCCCUCACAACCACCGCCCCCUCAUCCCGCCGCCCCCAACGUGCCCGCUGGUCGAUUGCUGAGCUGGAACCACAGUGCCGCUGCAGCGGCCGCAGCAGCAGCAGCGGCGGCCAACUCCAUGAACCACUCGUCGGCCAGUGAGUCCUCCUCGAUGACCCGGAUUAAGGGCCAGAAUCUGGGCCUCAUCUGCGUGGUGUGCGGCGACACCAGCUCCGGAAAGCACUACGGAAUCCUCGCCUGCAAUGGCUGCUCCGGAUUCUUCAAGCGCAGUGUGCGCCGGAAACUCAUUUAUCGCUGCCAGGCGGGAACUGGACGCUGUGUGGUGGACAAAGCCCAUCGGAAUCAAUGCCAGGCCUGCAGGCUCAAGAAGUGCCUUCAAAUGGGAAUGAACAAGGAUGCCGUGCAAAAUGAGCGGCAGCCCCGCAACACGGCCACUAUUCGACCGGAGACGCUGCGGGAGAUGGAACAUGGACGGGCUCUGCGCGAGGCCGCCGUAGCCGUCGGAGUUUUCGGACCACCCGUGCUACUGUCACCGCCCUGCUACGGCUCCGGACUCCUGCCACCGCCCUCACUGGGCAGCCUGCCGACUGGACGACUGCUGCACCACAACCACCUCACCUCCUCGAUGCAGCUGGCUGCGAAUCACAUGGGCGCCGGCAGCUUUCCCAUGUUCAACGCCGCCUCCGUUCACCACUCGCCCAAGGAGAAGGCCUAUGGCAUGGAUCUGGCCAACAGCGGUAACGCCUCCCACUCCACAAACUCGAGCAGCAACCACUCCAUCGACCCGAGCUCACCGACUCCGGAAAACGGCAAGGAGAAGAACAAUGCCGGUGGCAGUGUCUCCUCCAUCAGCUCCUCCAGUCCCACGAUGGAAAAUGACAAUGAUGAUGACUCCAUAGAUGUAACCAAUGACAACGAGGAGCCGCACACUGUCAGCAGAUCGGAUUCCAGCUUCAUCAUGCCGCAGUUUAUGUCGCCCAAUUUGUAUGCCCAUCAGCACGAAACCGUUUAUGAGACAAGUGCUCGGCUGCUCUUCAUGGCCGUCAAGUGGGCCAAGAACCUGCCCAGCUUUGCGCGUCUUUCCUUUCGGGAUCAGGUUAUUUUGCUGGAGGAGUCCUGGUCCGAGCUGUUCCUGCUGAAUGCCAUCCAAUGGUGCAUCCCCUUGGAUCCCACGGGCUGUGCCCUCUUCUCGGUGGCGGAGCACUGUAACAAUCUGGAGAACAACGCCAAUGGCGACACUUGCAUCACAAAGGAAGAGCUGGCGGCGGAUGUGCGUACGCUUCACGAGAUCUUCUGCAAAUACAAGGCGGUGCUGGUUGAUCCUGCUGAAUUUGCCUGCCUCAAGGCAAUUGUUUUGUUUCGACCGGAGACACGUGGCCUCAAGGAUCCAGCGCAGAUUGAGAAUCUCCAGGAUCAGGCGCAUGUUAUGUUGUCGCAACACACAAAGACGCAGUUCACAGCCCAGAUUGCCAGAUUCGGACGACUCCUGCUCAUGCUGCCACUGCUGCGGAUGAUCAGCUCCCACAAGAUCGAGUCCAUCUACUUUCAGCGCACAAUUGGCAACACGCCCAUGGAGAAAGUGCUCUGCGACAUGUAUAAGAACUAGUUAACUCGUGUUUUAAGUUGUAACAAAUUUAAAUAAAUAUGUUUUUGUGUCUUGAAUGUUAAGUGA